AUGGGCUUUGCUUCCUCUCUUCUGAUGCUGGGCGUCGUUCCCCAGCUGCUGGUCGCGGCACAUGUCCUUCAAGCCCGCCAGAGCGUGUCCUGCGACUUCGCUACUGCCGCCAACAAUGGCGACACUUGCGCAUCCUUUGCUGCCGCGUGGGGUAUCACCGAGGCCGCCUUUGCGAAGCUCAACCCCGGUGUCUCUUGCCCCGGCAACCUGAUUGCCGGCAGCGAGCGCUCCCACCACGACCAAGGCCGCUACUACGUCUGCGUCGGCGUCAAGGGCGGCUCCUCUCCCCCGCCUACAACCACCAAGCCGGCCAGCUCCGCCCCGACUCCCCAGAUGCCUAAUACCAUUAGCAACUGUAAAAAGUUCCACAAGGUCGUGUCUGGCGACGGCUGCCGGGCCAUUGAGCAAGCCGCGGGCAUCAGCGCCUCGGACUUUGCCAAGUGGAAUCCCUACGUUGACGCCGCUUGCGACAACCUGUGGCUCGGCUACUACGUCUGCAUUGGUGUGUGA